GUUCAUAUCAACAUACCUUUACUAUCAAGAAAUAGAAAGUCACAAUGUCUUCAGCAUCAAUCCAGCUUUCAUCUGCAUCCAGCGCGACCAUCGCGGCGCCACCCAAGUCCGAAAGCAAGCCGAAGCCAUGCUGCGUAUGCAAAGAGGAGAAGGCCGUCCGUGACGAGUGCAUGCUCUUCAGCAAGUCCAACGACCCCCAAAAGGACUGCGCUAGCACGGUCGACAAGUACAAGAGCUGCAUGGCAGGGUUCGGCUUCAACCUGCCGUAAGCUCACAGAAUCAAGUGUACAACGAAACGGAUGCAGCGGCAUAGUGUAAUAUACAUAGCAAUGGGAACUACAAUUGGCGUAUGGGGAAACUAGAAAUGGCAGGACUGUACAACAUCGGGCAUUCAGAUAGGAUCGAAAGGAAGUUCAAUCUCAACUAUAACAUGU